AUGCGCCUCAGCGCGCGCACUUUCCUCAAGAAGGUGGCUCGGGACUGGGGCGUUAUCAAGGACUUCGCAGGUUUCCACGAAAUGCGCAGAUGGUCCGAUGUGACCACAGUCCUUGACUACACUGGCGAUCGAGAAAGAUGGGGCGAUGAUCUUUCGGAGGACACGCGCAUCUGGGAGACCGUGCAGGGCGCGGGCCGCAAGCUCAUGGUGGUGCUCACGAAGGUGGAUCGCUGCCACGCAGACGACCUCCACCGGAACGUGGCCGAAGUGACCGCGGCCUUGCAGCAUCUCGACCGGGAGCUCGUCUGGCCGUUCGUGCACGCGGUGAGCGCCGACCACGACCUUGGCAUGCGGGAGUUGCGGGCAUCCCUCAGCAUCGAGGCCCACGUGGCUACAGAGGAGGAGUCUGCAGGCACUGAGAUUGCUCCCUCAGCUCGUUCAGAGAAGCGUAUGUGCAAACGCGAUGACUCUGUCAGUAUUGGUGGGCAUCCACGGUGACAUGCGUGCUGACUUGUCGACAUGUCAGCCUCGCACUGCCGUUUGCUUAUCCACAUUCGUCUCAAAGUUGCUCCUAUGGUUCCGGAAGUGCUUCCAUCAUCCCCCCCGGGGGGGGCGCCAGGGACUCGUGCGCGCCCAGAGUGUCGGGACCUCUCAGACGAAACGCCCGUUUUUAGACGUCUCUCUCUCUUCAAUUGGUGUUCAUCAUGCUGUUUUAAUAUGGUGGUUUAGUCUCUUGCUGGUUUAAAGAGCGACCCACUAAGCUGCUUGGCAACGAACCCCAUGCAUGCCACGACUAGAAUUGAUGAGGCCCGGUGGCCGGCUGUCUUCUUGUGUAUAUCUCUUUUGGACAUUGUCUGCAGUGAGAGAUUAUUAUUGCCAUGGUUUGAAGAGCACAAGACCGAAUGAACGGUGUCUUGGCCCGCUCGUUGCCAGCCUUGUUGAUAUGUAGUUGGGUUGCCUCAUUGCAUGGUCCGUUCGCUGCUUCGUUGCCGUUGCGCGAUGGGGUAAGAAUGUUGACGCGUUCCCCCUCGAGCAAUACCUCUCCAAGAAUUAUGUGAAGCGGCUGCCGCCGUUUCCUUCUCCCGCUUCGAUGCUGUCGUCAUGAGGAGUGGCAUUCUGGCAUUCCCCCAAGUGUUCAUAGACCAUUCCGCCUCCUUUCUUACCAUGGACAUCGUUGUUCGUCCGCUUCCGUUUGCACGUCAUAUCUUGAGGUAGUGAAUCAUUCAAUGUGUUCCGUGAAUCGUGCAACGCGGAAGCCACCAGUAGAGUGUUCACCACAAAGUUGUUAUUUUGUCAUGUCACGGUUGGUACAACAUGAGCACAUUGGUAUUGCCAUUUCUUGCAAAUGGGUUUGGUACGUCGCCAGAGUAAGUUCGGAGUUCGAUAACGGUCCGAUUUAAAGAAAACGCAUCGGACAGCCGCAGGAG